AUGGGAUCAUCUUCCGCACGUCUCAUCAUUUAUAUUGCUAGUUCACUCAUUGGUUGUUGUGUGGCCAUCAUUAUUUUGGCCAUUCUCCUUCCGAUAGGAAUCAUCAAUAGCAUUCCACCAGAAUAUUGUUUCUCUACUCAACAUUUGAAAUACCUUCCCGCAGGAACCACCAUUGCUCUUCGAAAGACUUAUGGCCUCGGACGUUUCGAGCUCUUCAACGAGACUGGAAACGGAGACAACAUUUCAAAUUUCAAAUUCAACACUUCGACCAUUGUGGCCACCAUGAAAUUUCGUUCUUGGGCCAUUCCGUAUCGUAUUGAUUUCAUGACUUCGGAACAGAAAGGUUCUGCUGAGGGACGCGGAGCAAGUUUCUCCAUUGGACAACAAGUCACACUCUAUGAAUGCAGAAAUGACAUCUCAACAGGUGGUGGUGAUUUUACCGUUAUGGGACGUAUAUCUCAAACCAAUAUUAUUGAAUUUUGGAAACGAACGUAUGAAAUCUAUGAUGCCACGACCACCAAUAAGAUUGCCACUGUGGAAGACAAGUUUGGAAUUAAUGAACCUUUUGUGGCCCGAACUCCGGAUGGCGUAGUGGUGGCUGAAUUUCAACAAAUUACUUGGCAAUUGCAGGAAACAUGGAGAUUAUCGGUCAAGUUUGACAUGCCUAGUUUUGACAUGAGAAGUUUGAUGAUUCUUGUUUCUGUCAUUUCGUAUAAUAGAAAUUAA